AUGUCACGAGUUGUUAUUCAAGAGUCAUAUGGGCCUGUUUGCAAACUGCUUCUAAACCGACCGAAAAACUUGAACGCUUUAAACUUUGAAUUAGCACAAGCUUUAGAUCAUGAUAUUACUAUCGCUGAAAAAAAUUCUCAAAAAAUUAUAUUGGCAUCUACAAGCGAGAGAGCUUUUCAAGCUGGCGCUGAUUUAUAUCGUUUAUUAUCAACCUGUCACGAUAUUCCUAAUUGGGUAGGAUUCUCUUAUAAUGUAAUAAAACGACUUUACAAGCACCCUUUUGAAACUCUUAGUGUAUGGCAAGGACAUAUAAUAGGCUAUGGAGUAGGAGUUGGAAUGGCUUGCAAAUAUUCCUUAGCAUUGCCAAGCACUCUAUGAUGCAUGCCGGAACAUCACAUAGGUGUAGUGCCUGAUGCUGGCUGCUCCCACUUGCUAUCUCAUCUACAAGAUGAAGCUUAUGGGCUUUACUUGUUUCUUACGAGUCGCAGAAUAUCUGGGAUUGACUGUUACUAUUCAGGGAUCUGCACACAUUAUACACGACCAGAAAACUUGCCACAUAUUUUUAGCGAGAUCGAAGGAAACCAAGAUUCCGUUAAAAAUAUUUUAAAUAAAUAUAAAUAUGAGCCGGAAAAAGAACUAAGUAGGUACUUGAAGCAUAAAGAUGAAAUUAAAGAAGCAUUCACCAAUCCAAGCUCUAUUGAAGAAAUCUUAGAGAAGUUAGAAAAUAACAACACAGAAUUCAGCAGAGAGACUUCUAAAGAAAUAAGGUAUUUGUGUCCUUUGAGUGUGAGGAUGGCUUUAGAGCAUUUUAAAUCUGGGAAGCAAAGAACGUUUCUUGAGUCUUUGGAUUCAGAUUUUUUGCUUGACUGCAAUCUUAUGACAUAUAAAAAUCAAAAUUUUAUCAUUGGAGUUACGACCAAAAUGAUCGAAAAAAGCAAUGCAAGACCUAAUUGGGUUCCGAAUUCCCUUUCUGAGGUGACAUAUGAUAUGGUCUAUGACCAUUUAAGAAUUGACAAAAAACCAGAACUAAACUUUACAGCUCAACAAUCAUAG